UCCGGCGGUUCGCGGUUGCGCCAACUGGUAGAGGAUGUUGCUAGCAGCCAGUGUUGAUGCACAGCAUUUUUCACAACAAUAACACCAACCAAAUUUACAUCUUCACAUCCCUGAUUUACGGAGUAUAUCUUACGAGCGAUAUCGGCAACCGUGCAUCGGACCACGCCACAUCGAAUCUGCUUGCACGUUUUUCGCUACACGCUGUGUUGACAAUGGGAGCGGACGGGUUUGCAGAUUUACAAGGCUCCUUUUUGCAGGAGCAGAAGCAAGAAUCAUGGCUGGCCAGCUAGGCCGCAGAUGGGUUUUGUAGCUAGCAACAACAGUCGCUUAACGUAAAAUAUUGUGUGUCGGCUCGGCGCUAGUCCGCGGCGAGUGGUGCUAGGAAAAACCUUCUUUUAAGGAAUUAGUUACGUUUGUUUUUGUUGUCUUUUUGGACCAAGCAGGCAGGCUAGGCAGCCCGCUAGCCUCGCAACCUUGACUGGUUGACGUCUUGUCUUCGCCGUUAGCUCUGUUAGCCAGCUAACGCUAGCUAGCAUUGAUUGGCCAGCCAUCUGCGGGCCGAAAAUAGUUGUAAAAAGAAAGUUAUCCCGGGAUCUGCGCUCGACAUUGUGUUCCUAGUAGGCAUUUGUAUCGUAUAUUCGUUUUGCAACGUCUACUCCUGGAUGAAUGUGGGACAAAAUGGAGACCCCGACGAUUGUGUACGAUCUGGAUACCUCUGGGGGCUUAAUGGAGCAAAUCCAAACAUUGCUGGCGCCCCCCAAAUCCGAGGAGGUGGAGAAGCGGAGUCGGAAGCUGGUGAGGGACGUGCGGAGGAGCGGCAGGGCCACCAACCACGACACCUGUGAUAGCUGCCGGGAGGGAGGAGACCUGCUCUGCUGCGACCACUGUCCCGCAGCCUUCCACCUCCAGUGCUGCAACCCACCCCUAAGUGAGGAAAUGCUUCCUCCUGGGGAAUGGAUGUGUCAUCGCUGUAAUGUUCGUAAAAAGAAGCGAGAGCAGAAGUCAGAGCAGACCAACGGUCUGCCAGAACGGUCCCUGUCGAAGCGCUCAGCCUCCCCGGCUGUGGAGCUGGAGCUCAACGCUGGCCCCCUGCGACUGGACGGCCUUCCCCCAGGGGCUGGGGCGGCAGGACCCGGUCUGAGGGUGGCCCAGGUCCGUCUCCUUGAUCGCAGGACCAGCAGCAGACCCAGCAGCCGGCCCGGUACGCCCACCUCCAACACCUCCUCCACCCCAACGCCCUCAGAGGAGCAGAAUGACGGAGAGGAGGAAACAGCAGAGCCCGAGGAAGAGGUUCAGGGUUCUGAAGUCGAGAGUGCCACCCUGUCCACCCCGACACCACGCCUCCUCAAGAGGCCCUUCCAGCUCCUGAUAGCUGCUGCCAUGGAGAGAAACCCCACCCAGUUUCAGCUGCCAAAUGAGCUUACCUGCACCACUGCACUGCCAGGCAGCAGUAAACGGAGGAGGAAAGAGGAGUUGCUGGGUAAGCCAUUCAGGAGGCCUCAGCAUGAACUGGACCCCAACGGCCUGGUCCCCCUGCCGGUCAAAGUGUGCUUCUCUUGUGGCAGGAGUUGCAGGAUGGCACCGCUGAUCCAGUGUGACUAUUGUCCCCUUCUGUUCCACAUGGACUGUCUGGACCCUCCGCUCACCGCCUUACCUGCUGGCAAAUGGAUGUGCCCAAACCAUGUCGAGCACUUAGUGCUGAACCAGAGGACCUUGAGCCUGUCCAGUCGCUGUCAGCUCUUUGACCAGUUCCAGGACAGGAUGUCCCAGCACGCCGUCAAGGUGGACUUCCUGCGCCGGGUCCAUCGGCAAAACACACCCAACCGGCGCACGACUCACCAGCACAACAAGAAGACUAUCAAGGUGCCAGAUGCCAUCAAGUCCCAGUACCAGAAUCCUCCCCCAAUGCUGGUCCCUGCAGGAGUUCGCCAGUCGGAGCUGGUGUGCAGCGGCGUUCCUGACAACCAGCCCUCCAAGCACUUGACCACAGAGGCUGAGCAGCAGGAGUGGCUUCAAGAUGUCAUCGCCCUUCAGUGCAGCAUCAUGCGUCACCUAUCCAUCAAGCAGAAGGCUGCCUCAUCAACCAUGGCACCAGUGCCAUCAUCAGCAGAGUGGGACUCCGAGCAGAAAGCUGAUAUUAAAUCUUGCAUAACAUCAGAAGACAUCAAAUCUCUGGCCUCUUCAGAAAGGACUUCCUCACCUGACCCCUGUUCUAAACCCUGCAGCACGCCCGAUGACCCCUGCAGGACCGCUGUGGCGAGCGGCCCCGCCGCAGAGCUGGAUAUUUGUAAAUGCAUUGUGACGCCCUGUCAAAAUUGUAGGAAACCCAAUGGGCCUCUGGCAGAGGAGCGCCAGCCUCCCAAAGCCAACGGCCCCGUAGACUGUAACAGUGCCUCAGACUCUUGCAGGCAGGCAGAGCUGCAGCACAGACUGAAGGCUAGUACAAGCCCUCCGGAUCCCGCUCCCACCGCAGGGCUGGCCAACCACAUAGGAGGAGAGACGGUCAAAAGGGAGAGCGAGAGCGCUAUGGAGGUCUGCGUCCAGAAAGACUGUCCCACUGCCCCAACGAUAUGCCCCCACACGGGGCAGCAGAACCACAGGAGCCAGCCGGAACUCCAGACAGAGUGUACGAGCAGCGACGAAAAACCCUCCUACCCUGUCACCAGCAGUGCCCACCCAGCUACCCCAGCUAAAGGCCUCCAGGACCACGGCACCGCCAAGCUGGGAUCAUCAUCAUCAUCAUCACUGUCUGCAGCAGAUUUAAAGUCCAGUCCCGGGGUGAUGGACUCGCUGCUCCCUAGCGCUCUCUCCUCCAUCGCUGACCUUUCCAACCGCAUGAAAGCAACCAUGGAAGACGACGGAGGCAUUGAGCUGGACAAGCUGGAUGGAGAGAUGAUCAAGCUUCUGGCCUGGCAGAGGAUCCAGCAGCUCUUCCCUCCCAAGGUGCCCAGCACCCCCCCUCCCGCCUCCACUGCGCUGAAACCCCCGCUGCCGCGCCCCGACAGUCAGAAGAAGGUGCAGGCCAGAGCGGUUUUCUACCCGCUGACAGGAAAGGGGGAAGCCGUCAGCAUGUGCUAUAGGACAUUGUACAUAGGAUCUGGUGCUGACAUGGAUGUGUGCCUUACAAACUACGGUCAUUGCAACUACAUAUCGGGAAAGCACGCCUGUAUUUUCUAUGAUGAAAAUACCAAGCAUUACGAGCUGCUCAACUACAGCGAGCACGGCACCACGGUGGACAACGUCCUCUAUUCCUGUGACUUCUCUGAGAAGGCCUCGCCAUCCCCGCCCAGCGGCUUGGUGUCCAGAGUCCAAGGCAUUAUCCGUCGCAGUAAGAAGCGCGAGCAGGACGAGGGUCCCAGUUCUCUGGUGGGUCUGAUGCCGGCGGGCGGCGUGAUGAGCUGCCAGCCUCAGGGAGGCUCGCGGCUCUCCUGCAACUGCAAGGCCAGCAGCUCCAGCCUGAUCGGAGGCAGCGGCGCUGGCUGGGAGGGCACGGCGCUGCUCCACCACGGCAGCUACAUCAAACUGGGCUGCCUCCAGUUCGUCUUCAGCAUCACCGAGUUCGCCAGUAAGCAGCCCAAAGAGGAGGAGAUGAGCAUCACCGCCGCCGGUUGCACCAGCAGCACGACCAGCGCCACCGCCACCACCGCCGCCGCUGCCACACCACCCAACACUGCCGCAGUCAGCAGCCCUUCCAGCCAGGAUGAGGCCGAUAAAGAGACUCUCCCUUCCCACCAAGUGCCCGUUCUGCGCUCCAACUCUGUUCCAUAGCCCACACAGCAAGUCCCUCCUUUUGUUUUGCACCUUCUUUCAAGUCACAAUGAAGGGAAAGCUGCACAGCUGGUUGGUCAACAGGGAAAAUAAUGUUUAUUUUUUCAUUUUAAUGGUUUGUACCUUUGCAUGAACUUGAAGUAUUAUUGACAAUCUCUUCUGUUUUUGAAUGACUGACUGUAACCUUUUGUUCAAUUAUGACCAUUGGGACUUUGAGCGAACAUUAUUUACCUACGCUCAAUUUUCUUUUUUUGCCAGUAUAGUAGUUAUGUAUGGUGUAACAUUACUUUGUCAGUCAGCCCAUUUAGCACAAACGUUUUAUUUUGUAGUAUUGAAGUCCAUACAUUAUAAUUUCUUUUGCUGCUUUUGCACCACAGGUAGCUAUAUAUGUAUGAAAACAUACAUGCUUAUACACUAUUACAUGUAUAUAUUAUGUAAAUAUAUACAAUUCAGUGCCUCUCAUUUGGAGAAACAUUGGAUUUCAUGUAGAUUUACCAUUUUUUGGUUUUUAACUGUACAGUUCAUCAUGGAAUUUGUGAUACCGAGUAGAGUAACAGAAGUUUUGUGAUAAAACUCGUUCUUAGUCUGUACUUUCCGCUGUAGUCCAUCUGUAAAUAGCGUAUUGUUUUAGCACUCAUUUUAACAUCUUGUGCUGCUCUGUAUAUAAGCACUCUUUGUCUGUACCUGCUUGUCUGUUAAAACGUGUAAAUACAGAAAGAUUUUCUAAGAACAAAGCCAA